CUGAAUGGUACACACACACACACGCACACACACAGAGUCCACACCCGUCAACAGAAAAAGCCUUGAGGCUAUGCAAGCGAGAUGCAACAGAGUGGAAUCCAUCCAUCCAUACAUCUACAUUCAGGUCAGCAUCUGUGUGUGUGUGUGUGUGUGUGUGUGUACUUGUGUCGAAACUAUGCUCUCUCAAUCAACAGCGAGGCCUUUUCUCUCUCUCUCUCUCUCCACUUUAUAUCACUCCUAUCAGACGCAAACAAAGAGGAGUUGAACAUUUUCAUAUUUCCUUUUCAGAAGUGAGAAAAACGCUUUUCUGCUUUCACAGACCUGGAGUGAAACCAUGACAACAGCUUUGGAUAUUGAUGUACGAGUCCUCAAACGCAGCAUCAAGAAACAGCAGUGUUAAGCUCGUGUUUGAUGUUAUUUUUAGUGGGAUAUAGUCAUUAUUGAACGGACAUAUUUACAUCGUUUCUAGAAUUAGGAAUAAAAAUCACAACAAACACCAAAUCCAAAUGAAAGAGUUUCUCAUAAUCAGAACAAAAAUAGAGGGUAACACUUUGUAACAAGUGUUAUUUAAUAGUUAAAGCUUUAAUUAGGAGAUUUUUUACAUUAAUAAAGUAGACUAGAUGCCUAUUAAUAAUAAACAAAACCCAAAAGGACCAUCGCUCUUUUUAUACUUUUACAUUUAUGGUGUAAAAUCAGCUAAAAACUGGUCCUGUUUUUACAAUUUCCACUAAAAUACUCACCAUAAAUACAACAUUUGACUGCUUAAAGUCAGCAGAGGAGUUUUUUUUGUCAUAAAUUACUAUUAAAGCUUGUAGAUGAUAUGAUAAGUGAAAUCUGCUUUGUCCACAGGGGGCGCCAAAAUCGACACAAACCAAAAGAUCCUCACAGGAGCUUUAAUAAGCCACUUUUAGGGCAUUUAAAAACAUUAAUAAGUGUUUAUAAAAGCUUUUAAUAUAUUUAUUGUUAUGUAUAUGACACUAAUAAUUUGUCAACAGUUUAUAUAUCUGUUAUAAAUCAGACUUUAUAAAGAUUCAUAAGGAUAAAUAAACUUGUCAUUAUAGGAAUUGGAUAAGAAAGGCUAUUUCUUUUCCAAUAUCUAAGUGCUUAAUAAAGGAUUUAUUAAUCCUUAAACUGAUUCAUGUUAUAAAGCAGCUAAUCAAAGUUUUUCAGUGGUCUUUAAAUUUAGCUUCCAAGCAAUAACUGAUGUUAGUUAGUUCCUACCGGAUCCGUUUGUGAGGCGAAUUUCGUGGCGGGUUACGGACAGCAGGUAUCGCGAGAACCCGCGAAUUCACGUGCAAUCGCGUGAUAACGAGUUGUCUUUGGACUUCUAGAAUCAGCAUCAUCUCAUCUAUGGUGCCAUCGGGAUGAAAUGACUUCUAUAAACCUUUCACUUGUUGGUCACCGCCCGUUUGCAUGGUGUGAAAUAUUAUCUGCCUGAAACAUGGAGUGUUUUAUUUUGAAAAGAAGUCGGAUGUUUUAUUUUGUGUCUGUGGCCGACUUCCUUUCCAGCACGGGUUAAUCUGUGCUGAAUUUAUCCGGCAUGCUCCGGCGUCAGCUACGAUCGGCGGAUACAGCCUUUGUCAUAGCUCUUCUGGAUGUGGUGGAAAUUAAGGGUUAUAUAAAUUUAAUCAAACAAAACAUACAUUUUAAAAGCUAAAGUCUAUAUGCUGUAAUUGGUGAUAGGUGAACGAGUAAUAAUCACAGCAGUAUGAAAAAAACAUGUUGAUUUUAACACAUAAACACUGUCACUGUUACAUUUACGCUCAUAAAUCUUGUUGGAUUGGAUUGAAAAUGUGUGCAUGUGGGAUCUAGUCUCGGCUGAUUUUCAGGGUUUCGGGACAACAUGUGUUCCUGGGAGUCAUCUGCAGACUUUGAGAGAUGCAGCAGAAAAAGCUUACCUACCAAACAGGCCUCUUGUUUGUUGGUCUCUGUAAUCCAGUCCAUGCUUUCCUCACAGAAACAUCAACAAAGAAACACGAGAGGAAGACACAGGGACGGAAAGUUGCUGCGUGUGUGUGUGGCAGCGACCAUUAUCAAGUCCAUUAUACUGACGUCAAAAUGCAAGCUCAUCAACAAUCAGGAAAACAGAACACAGACUGGCAGGACACCAGCAAUAUUGAUGCUCAUUUUCAUGUCACUGUCAGCAAACACACUUACAAAGACAGCUUUGUAACAAACAGGGCUCACAGGAUGCCAGCAGCUGAUGUUUUAAUUAUAACAAUCUUGUACCACUUUAAACAAAGAUUGGAGAGCGUGCACGGAUCGCUGUUAAACGUACGUGUGUGUUCGAUGCUGUCUCCGCACAGCAAAAAACUUCUUCUGACAAAAUCUAUCACCUUAACAUCUCAGGGAGCGUCGUUAUCCUGUUACAAAUGGCUCCCAGAGCGGCCGGCAUGUCAAGGAUGAGAAAUUUCACACAGUGUGGCACGCAAGCACUGGAGUGUGAAUUGUCGCCGAGGCCUCUCGUCCAUUUUUACUUCGCUGUCUGGCGUCGGAAAUGCCACCGAAAGAGGAACUCUACUGAGAAACUCAAAACCUGCAGGAGGUCUGAGUAAUGACCCGGUGCAGUCUAACCUGGAUUUAUGGACACGUGAGAGUCACCUGGGACAUAAAAAGACAGACAAUGCAUCCUCACACCGAAACUGCAGGUGGAAAUCGAGAGUCAUCCCACUCCACUCCAUUAAUUUCUGAUUUUUCAACCCACCAGCGCUCACUUUCCUCCAUUUACCCACCUCCUAAAUGCUUCCUGUUCAAAAACACGUCUACUCCUCUCAUGACUUGAUAGCAGAGGGAUGUUAUAUAUGAGAUUCUCUUACCUAGGGCUGGGCGAUAAACUAAAAAUUAAUGACACCGAAAUUUAUGACAAUAACCGACGUCAUUUUGCCCAUAUCAGUAUAUUCGGUGUCAAAAGAUAAAUAAAUAAAAGUUGGUUUUACAAAGAGGGAAAGACAGGUGAGGAGGACGGUUACAAAGUUGUAGCGGCUGAAGUAGACAAAGUUAAUGUGGGAGGGGGUGAGCAGCUUGUAAAGUAGUUAUCGUCCAUUUAUCAUAUGGAGGUGAAUUGAUCAAUAUAUCGUGAUAUUGAUUUGAGUCCAUAUCGCCCAGCCCUACUCUAAACCUUAAAAUAAUAAGGAUCAUUUUGGGGUAUAAACACUGGAGCAUGUGCAGAACGUUUAGGGUGAAGAUCGGUCUCAAUUACAUCAUCCAGGUAUGUUAGCCCCAAUUUCCACUGCAUCCGGAACGGCUACGAAAAGGCCGUAUCCUCCGAUCGGAGCUGACCGUAACCAUUCAAGUUAAUGUGUGAAUUUCCACCGGCUUCUUCCCGUUCUGCUGUGGAUCGCCGGACUCCACAGCCGAUUGCAAGAGUUAUAUUUUUUCCGGAUGCCAGAGCAUGCCGCAUAAAUUCAGCACAUAUUAACCCGUGCUGGAAAGGAAGUUGGGCACAGACACAAAAUAAAACAUCCGGCUUCUUUUCAAAAUAAAACACCACCUUUUUGAGGCGGAUCGUAUUUCCUAUGUGGCUAAAGACAACUUGUUAUCGUAUGAUUGCACAUGAAUUUGUGGGUUUUUGUGAGUUGUCGUGAUUCCUACUGUCUGUAAUCUGCCAGAGAUCCGGUAGGAGUUGGCGUAUGGCAAAAGUCGCCGCUGUUCCGGAUCUGAGACGUUCCGGAUGCGGUGGAAAUCCCGGGUUAGUCUGACCGUGAGAAGUUUGAUAACAUGAUUUUAAAGUCCAGUUUCGAGCCUUGAGUUUCUCUUUCCCUCCAUUUAGUCUCCCUCUCCAUCACAGAGGGAGACUACUUCACUGAAAGACACGCAUUUAAAUAAGCGAUGAUAUUAAAACUGACAUUACUAAUGGGCGCUGAAAUUGUACUAUUAUCCUCUGGAAACCAUUUCAACCUCUUAUCCUAAAAUCUUAUUUCUGUCUCUAUUAUGCAGAAAAAUGACCAGAAAUACUUUUGAAACUCUGAAAGCAAUCGGACUGUCGUGGAAUAUUGAAAAUCAUUACUUUUUAAUCAGUUAUUAACCAAGAAAUUCAUGAUACCCCAGUCCAAAUCAAAGAAACUUCAUGAGGUAUUAAGCUGCUAAUAAUAUACAGGGAAAACUCCUGCAUCACUGCAUUAACUGCGAAUAUUACAGACCGCCCUAAGAUAUGCACACCUAUUACUUCCAGCCGACAUGCUUCACCUGCUUUCUCUCCUCCUUCACUCUCUCAUCUCUUCCUUUCCUUCCUCUCUUUUAUUUUUCGCAGCCAAAAAGAAAAGAUGAUUACCUGCACAAAGGCAGAUGGAGUUAAAUGUGAGAGAAGGGAUUUAAGAGAACAGCACGUCUUCUUCGAAACCAAAAAAGUACAUGAAGUCCAGGCGGGCAGCCAGGCGAAGGUAACACUGCGUUUAGUAGCGUGGCAGGGGGUGUUAGAGACCAGCUCCCGGUGCAGGUUUCUGCAAAAACCGGCGAUCUAAAGAGACCGGGUGCAGAAAAUCUAAGAUGUAUGCAUGCACACCAAGGUCACACACUCACACACGUCUUCCUGUCAUGUCUUACGUCCCUGUUUCAUGACUCUCCGUUGCAGCUAAUGACUAAUAAAUAAUGUAUGCGCACUUUCUUCCACUUGCUUACUCUUCUCAACCCUGCCCAUCUCUGUUUCUCGCUUUCAACCGACGCAACAAACUGUUCCGUCUCCCUCUCCCUCCCACUAAACAUAUGACCCCCCCUCCGCCGCCGCCGCAGCACAAACACACAUUUACAGACGCGCACACGUACAAGGAUACCCUUCACAGGAACAAUCUGUCCUGUUAAUGUGAGGUCGCAGCAGACCGUUUUUCCACUUAUCAGCUCUCUGGAUUUAAAUAAAGCCCUAUCACUGAUACACUGUUGCCUAGAAACACAAUAGGAUGCAUCAAUAAUAGGAUUUACCCAGAAGCCGACAAGACCCCUUUAGAUCUGAGCUGUGUUGCCCCCUUUGUGCGGCUGCAGAUUUUCCUGCCACUGGUGACGAGCUGUAAAGAGAUUUCUGGGGAUAUCUCUCUGUGUUUGUAUCCCUCUACUAGAGCUGCCAACUUUCUCUUAUUUCCCAUGAGGCCAGGUUAUCUUUGCGAUUGAAUUUGGAAUGAUUUUCAGCAGGUUUUAAUGGAACAAAUUGGUCCAAAUUGAAAAUGUCAUUCCCGGCGUUGACAGGUGCCCUUUCUUUUUGAUUUAUCUUCAAACCUUGGGAGUCGUACCUUCACUUAUUCCUGACGUUUCCCGAGACACUUUUCUCCUCUGGUCUCAGCUGAUGCCUGAGCUCCGAUGGCAUUUAGAGGAAGUGCACCCAUGACCUUAGAGCCCAGGCACGUCUUAUGUAAGCGCAGCCCCUGGUUAUGAGGCAUUUCCUGGCACCAGUGAUAAAAGAUGAUGCCUAUUCUUGCACUAGUCAGAGCUCUUACUCCUAUGAGAACUCCCGAGGUGUUGAAGGAAACGGCACAAGAGGACACAAGACGCCGAGAUUAGCCUGGUGCUGUGGAAAAAUAGGGACAUCUUGUUCCAUCAUAAAUCAUGAGUCAUAUUAAACGGACUGAAAGCACUCUGUCUGAAACUACAGUCAUGAUUAUUUUGGGAUCAGAAUACAUCCUGAUUAAUUAUUGAUCCUGGGGACCUUUUUGUGUAAAUUUAGUUCAAAAUUAAACAUCCUGAAUCUCACUUAUUGACUGGGAUAGAAAAAGUAGAGCUGUUCGGAUACCAAUUUUUCCCUCCCGAUACUGAUUCCGAUCCGAUACCAGUACGUUUUAAAAAGAUAUAUCAUACCAGGCCUGCAUGACUGUGUUAUGAUUAUGGUCUGGCUCAGGUUAAACCCGGAGCUAACCAGUAAAUAAAUGACUAAUUUCAUAGAUCACGUGGUAUCCGAUCAGUGCCUGGACUCACUCUUAACAAUGCCAGCAUUUUCGUCAGUGUUCCACCUUUCUGCGUUUUUGAGUUAGUUCCUUAACGGACUGUUUUGAGGGACGGACCGACUCUAGCAGUUAAAACACGGAAAUCACACGCAACGCAAGUCUGCUUCGAUAAACGGAUUUCUGUGCAACGUCAUCGCAGGUAUGCGAGCAGCCUCGGGGCAGAAAGCGGGACAUUUCUUAUUUGUUUACUAGCGCAGUCAACAGGGAAAGAAAAUGACAAGGAGCUGUUGCGCUGUAAACUGCAAGAAUUGGCAAAACAAACAAUCGGCAAACAUUACGACCCUGCUCCUGAUAUUAGAAACAUCAAAAACAACGUCACAACCUGGUAAAUUGAGUGAAAUUCAUGGAUACGUAAUAUUGUUUGUCCACAAGAAACCCGUAUAUACAGCGCCGGGUAAAAUAUUUAUAAGUUAUAACACGUCAACAUUAUUGUCAUUUUGCAGCGUAUCUGUUUACUUUAUGUUAUACAGGUUAUGACGUUUCUGAUUAUCUAUUUUUAUGAGUUAAACUCACGGUAAUUACGUUUCGUUCUGCCGACGUAAUAUUUAAUUUGCCCAGCAGAGGGCUGUGGCGCUUCACCUCAGACAGAUUUAUUUACAUCUGUUGAUUUAUAUGAAUGUGCGUUACUUUAUACUUGUUGUAGUCACGGAAAAGCAGACGUUACAUUUUGUAAGGUAUAAUUUUGUUGAUCAUUUCAUUCUUAUAAAAAGACUAACAGGAAGAAAUCUUGAAAAGAACAAACAUCCCUUAACAAGACUUCGGAGUUCUCUUCAUUAUUUAUUGUUAAGUAUCUGUCAAGCUCCAUGGAGCCAACAUAUAGUGAGAGCGGAAUAGUCAAUAUCGGAGCAAUUCCCGAUACUGGUUUCGGAAUCGGAACAACUCUAUCGUAAAGUAUUGAAGCUAUCCCUCAUUAUCCGAACUUGAAUAUGAUGCAUUAAUGGAUUAAACCUAACAUACAGGAAUUGGCUGGUCCAUAAUCCAGUCACCGUGCUCCCUCUGUCCCUCUGCUUUACUAACACACAGACCCCCUUCAUUCUCCUCCUCUCAGGCUCCUCAUCUGCAUAUGUUUGUCUGCACUCUUUUAUAUUUUAAAAUACUAUUUGCAGUACUUUUAGUGUGUAUUUAAGCACUGAUAAUUGCAGUGUGCAGCACCGAUCACAUGGAUAGAACCGUUUUUUGUAUAGACAUUAAUAAAAGGGUUCAGGAGGUCACAGAGGAGGUUAAGAUCACCUCGGCAUGAUAUUUGCUGUCGAAGUCUCCACCUAAAACUGCUAACUAAUCCCAAUUCCACUUUCAUUAUAAGAUCAUUACUGCCUCUACCAAAGUGCUCCUUCCUGUUUAAUAAAACUCCAUGAAUAAAUCAUGGAUUAAAUUCACACGGCUCUGUCAGAGGUAAUAAGAUAUGCUAGGCUACAUAUUAGCAAAAGAAGAUAAUCAUCUGAGCGCCUCUGAUAUCUGCCUCUCCGUUGGUUUUCUGCCCAGAUACAGGAGAGGAGGCAGCAUGGCAGGAUGCCUGCUGAAAUCAAGCAGGGUUUAUAACAGGAGCAAAAUCUCCCUCAGUGGCUGCUCUGAAUGUGUUCAUGUCACCCAAACUGUCCCUGUUUCUAUCAGCUGAGGGGAAACCCACAGAGGAAGCCUUUUGGUGUUUUUUUUUUUAAUCAUGAACAAACGGCUUAUAGUCGACAGUGAUCACUCUGCAGUACAAUAAAACACUGCCAUUACAACUGAAUAUGAAGGUUUCUACUGCUAUUUUUCUUAUGUUUAAAUGUCAGAUUAACUUUGAGUUGUAGGAUUAUCUAGUAAGAUUGUACACAGAUAUGAGCAAGUAAGAUGUUUCCUCUCUAUAAACAUAAAAGUUGACAUAAACCCAAAUUCAAACCUACGAGAAUAAAACAUUUAUAGACAGAAGAGAUCGCAUAGUUAUGUCUUAUUAUGUGCAGCUCACUUGUUAAGUUCUAGUUCAGUCUGACAAACACUCAUGAGCAUUACUUUGUUUUGAUCUUAAAAGUGCAGAUACCCAGCAAAAGUCUGAAUUCAUCAGGAUGAAUUUAUCACAUGAUUACAGUUGACAUGUUGAAUUUGAGCCUUGCCAUCUUUUCACAUUUCUGACUCAGAUUAAGUGAUGGUAAAUCUACUAAAUACCUUUUUCGGUUGAUUCUGGACUCAAGAAACUUGCAUAUUUUGUGGGAAACAUAAAGAAUAGCGAGCAUAUAAAACAUGAAAAAUGAUAAAUAUAUGCUCUUUCAAUCAUACCUUAUAUGAUUACCAGUUAUGUAACACUGUUAUUACAAAAGACACGACUUUUUAUCGUAUAUUCAGACCUGUUUUAGAUGCUUAUCUGGAUUCAUAUAAACUUAUUUCAAUCUCACACAACUACUUUGAGUUUUCUGAUAGUAUAAUGGUUGACAGAGAACUGUAGACCAUAGUCAUAUCAUAAAACAAUGUCAAAAGUUUGUCAUGUCAUUGUCUACAAACUGCAUUUUUAAGGGGUUACUGCAUUAUGUGCGACUCAUCUCUACCUUUCUUUGUUUCUUUGAAUGAUACCAAAUAAAGUCUGCUGCUGUCAAUUGCUAAAAAAAACAAUCAAAGAGUUCAUGCAACAAUUUUAAAAUAUAUAUAUUUGCCAUAAUUCUUGGAUUCAGAUUAACUUAUUUCAAUCUCAAACGACUACUUUAAUUUUUUCUGAUAGUUUAAUGGUUGACAGAUAACUAUGGACUGCAAUCAUAUCAUAAAAUGAUGUCAAAGUUCAUGCAACAAUCUUAUAAUGUGCCACAAUUCUUGGAUUCAGAUGCAGUUAUGUGUUUUAUCAAUUAGUCUAACUGCCUGAAAAGCUCAUUUCUACUGCAGUGAGAUCAACUUUGAAGUGAAUGCUGCAGAUGCCGAGUGCUCACUGCGCUGAUGGAUGUGCAGUCAGAACCAGAAUGAUGAAAUCUGCACACACAAGCACAAAUUUAAUGAUUGCCAGCAUCCAUUUGCUGAUGAUUUUAAAUGAGAUUGGAUUUUUGUAGCAGUAAAAUUAAAGCCUUUAGUGUAAGUCAACAGUGGAGUACAGGUUUAGGUGCACACGGGCAGUAACAGCGGCUGUCUGAGUUCAUAUGUGUGUUGGAGUGAAAGUGAGUUAGUGGAGUCUCACCUUGACAUAGAGCUGCUGGAACUCCUCCAGGUUGAGGCGGCCGGUGGGACAGUCCUUCAGGAAACCCUUGUACCACUGCUUGAGCUCGUGUUCGUUAAACUCUGUGUUCUUCACCAGAUCCUCCAUCACUUCAGGGGUCAGCUUGCUGUUCUGUUUCCCCAUUUUGCCUGUUUAAAAAAAAGAAAGACACUUUGAAUAUACACAUAGAACCAGAAAAACAUGCUUUUUUAAAAUAUGUACCUGUUCCGAUUAAAGUCAGAGAGUUUUAAAAAGAGAGAUUUUGAUUUGCAAAACAAAGCUCCCUCUAAAAAUAACUCAGGAGAUGUCAUGUGAGGCCCUGAAAAAAGGUUUCCACGCUUGAAAUGAGUCAUGUCCGAUUAGCUCGACUUGAAUAUUUGGGUCAGUUUAUGAGACGUGCAACUUUUUAUCUUCCUUUGAGCAGAUGUGUGUCCUAGAUUAGUUUAUUUGUUGUCUGUUCAUUUUUAGAGGAACUUUGCACCCUUUAAUCCUACAACACAGACUGAAUGAAUAAACAUCCUGUUCAAAAUCUUCUAAAAAGUUCCCUAAAAUUCUUUCUUUUUUAGCGAUUUCCUUCGCCUCUUGGUGAAACUCUCCUGAUUUAGAAAAUGCUUUUAAUUGCUUUUUAAAGUACUUGGCCUUAUGUGACUUUUUAGGAAAGCUCGAGUGUGUGUUGUUGUUUAAUGAUUGUUAAUUUCCUCGCUGGAGCUGCUCACAUCCAGCUGCCUCUGCAGAUAGCUGAUGCAUCUGCACAGUGCUGAUGCAUCAGUCACUUCACAGCCUUGAUUAGAUCAUUAAGAAACCUGUAAUUAUCAUAAUUUGCAAAAAGAUAGUUGGAGUUUUUCGGAGGCUUCCUGCUCUUACUCUCUGCUGAGAUGUUUUAUUAGUCCUCUUUAACUUGAAAAGACCGAGGGAGAUACGAGGCAGCAACAGCGUGUGCGAUGCCAAUCUGUCUCUGAGCGCACAGUGUGAGGAGAGCAGACUCCGGCAGCCGUCCAAGAGGUGCUGCAGUCAUAUACCGAGGCCCGCUAUGCUGCAUUGGGUUUCUGAAGAGUCCACAUAAGGACGCGUCUUUCAGGUGACUGUUUUCUAAGAGAGCGACGCGACUUUCGGGAUUGAUUUUGUGCCUUUAAAGGUUUCAGCUGGUUUUCAUUUAUUUCUGCAAGCGAUGAAAAUCAACAACGCAGACACCUGAGGCUCACCUGAGAGUUUUUUCAUCACCCUCACUGUGGUGCAGUCAAAGGAGCUGCAGCGUAUAACUCAAAAGUGACAGCCGAAGAAAAACUUUUCUUCAAAGCGUUCGAGUCUGCAGAGUUUUUAUCAUUUAGGUGUCAGACUGUACCGAACACACACUCUAUAAAAGCAAUAAGAAAGGUUGACUGUGGACGAUUAUUUUCAGCUUGUCUCUGCAGGUGUGUGUUUAUUCUGUCAGUUAAAGAAGAGCUGCUGCAAUACAGCCAGGAACCAUGGCCGUCAAAAUAAGGAUGGUAAAAUUCGAGUUUGUUAUGAAAAUGUUAUGUGUUUACACAGGACGGUUGCGGCACAACUGCAGCUGUUUGUGUCCACUCCUCAGAGAAGAUUCCAGAUUAAAUGAAAAAUGAGAACCAGCUAAUCCGGAUUAGACCACCAUGUAAAAAUCCAACACCAAAAGGAUCAAUACAGCAAUACUGUAUCAUAGGGCUGGGCAAUAAACUAAAAAUUUACUGACACCGAAAUUUAUGACAAUAACCGACGUCAUUUUGCCCAUAUCAGCAUAUUUGGUUUAAAAAAAAUACAUAAACAAAAGUUGGUUUUGGAUGUGUGUAGGUAGGCUAUGGUCUCAUGUCCCUUUAAGACACUGUCCUAUGUCUGAGACGUGACUCCACCCCAUCCAGUCUGUAACAAAGAGGGAAAGACAGGUGAGGAGAUGGAGGACGGUUCAAAAGUUGUGGCGGCUGAAGUAGACAAAGUUAAUGUGGGAGGGGGUGAGUAGCUCAUGGAGUAGAUAUCAUCUAUUUAACAUUAUUGAAGUGAACUGCUCAACAUAUCGUGAUAUUGAUUUGAGGCCAUAUCACCCAGCCCUACUGUGUAACCGACUGUAAAGCAUUGGUUCUUUACUAGUUUGUAUGUAUUUGCUGAGACCCACAUCAGCCCUUCUGUUGAGCUUUAAAGAAACAAUUAAACAAUUUUAUGAUUUCUGCUUUUAUCUUUACAAAAAAAUUAAAUGGUUUUUAAUGCAUUUGUGUCUGUACUCUAAAAACAGUUUUUAAGAUAAAAUCAAGUUUUAAUAAUUAAAUAAUUUAAAUAAUUUUUUAAAAUAAUUUUAAGAUGAGAAUUUGUAUUUUUUGAUGGGCUGCAAGUAGGGCUGGGCGAUAUGGCCUCAAAUCAAUAUCACGAUAUAGUGAACAGUUCACCUCGAUAAAGAUAAAUGGAUGAUAACUACUCCACAAGCUGCUCACCCCCUCCCACAUUAACUUUGUCUACUUCAGCUGCUACAACUUUUGAACCGUCCUCCAUCUCCUCACCUGUCUUUCCCUCUUUGUUAUGGACUGGAUGGGGUGGAGUCACGUCUCUGACGUAGGACAGCGUCUUAAAGGGACAUGAGACAAUAGCCUACCUACACACAUCAAAAACCAACUUUUAUUUAUUUUUUUGACUCCAAAUAUACCGAUAUGGGCAAAAUGACAUUGGUUAUUGCUGUAAAUUUCUGUAUCAGUAAAUUUUCGGUUUAUUGCCCAGCCCUAGCUGCAAGGCUGGACUUGGGAUGUGCUCAUUCAGUCGACUAAACAAUUAAACACUGUCGGCUUGCUCUGUCUAAAUGCCAGUUAUAUAUUGUGUACUAGCUAUGGCUGUAACUGCUGUUAAUAGUGAAAGCCAUAAUGCUAAAACUAUCAGCAACCACAGAAAAAUGUUGUGUUAGCUGUGUCUGGUUAACUCAAACAGAUGGAUGUCAGUGAGAUGCUACCUCUGGUUAAGUUGGUCACUUUUGAGUGGUAGCAAACUCUACAAAUCAAAUGAGCAUAUUUCCAUAAAUGCACCACUGUUUCUUUAAAGUCAUGUUGUUAUGAUAGAGAGAUAUCACAGAGGAAGGCCUGAGCAUUUGUCUGUGUGUGUGAGUGUGUGUCGAUGUGGUGCUCUGUCUAAUUUGACUGUCUGGUGGAGAAAGUGACACAUCAAUCAGAAAAGUAUUGAGGAUUGAGACGAGAAAAACUGAAAAUAAACAAUUCCUCAUCCUAGCAAACCUCUCAGAAACCUUCCCCAGCAGCUGACACAGCCGCGGCGCCACAAUUCAGAAACUAUUGGUCCAAGACAGAUGGAUUUAUUUAGCCCCCCGAAAUCCUAUUUUUGCUCCAGCGCCACCAAAGUUCAUAAAGGAGCUCGGGAUUCAAGAUGUGCAAAAUCACGUUAUGACUAAACAGGCUUAGAAAGCGCCUGUAAACGAAUGAAAGGACGUAUGCAUUACAAAUUAAAUCACUCAGGGUUAGGUGUCACAAAGGCUGUACUGUCCUUGAAGAGGCCGGAGAUACAAGGGGACACAACAGAUACUGUAUGAGGCGCUUUUAUAUAACUCAUUAGGAACAAAAAGCUUCUUAUCAUCUGUUUUCAAAAGGCUGCAUCAGUUAUUUUGCUUUUUAACUCCCAAAUAAAGGAAAUUAGCAACAUCACAGCUGAUAUAAAGCUGAUAUAAAGCUAAAAAAAGCCAUGAGGUACUGAUGUGAGACACUUCAACUCGAAGCACUAUAACCCACCCUGCUCUAACUUUUCCCCUCCAUUUUUUUCCAUGAAAGGUUUCGCCCCUAAGCUAAAGUUUAAUUUGGUCGUUGUGACGCAGGCCAGGCAGUACGAGCGCACAAAAGAGUUCAGAUAAAAUCCAGUGUUUCUCAAAUAGAGGCUUUUCAAGAGCGAAGAAAAGCCGCCCGCUGCUAAUGUGAUCUGUCAGGCAUUUUAAGUGCGUUCGGUUGUUCAUGAAAAGAGAGGAAAUUGUACAGUUUCCUCAUUCAUACCUGACCUGUGAUCCCUCAUCUGCGGUUCAAAAGUAAGGAUGCGAUAAAAAAACAUUUUCAAUAGUGACUAUAAUCAUGAAACAGCAGCGGGUCAGCACAGCAGAAAAAACUCUUGACCCAUAAAGUGUCCUUUUUUUCACAUCAGGUACAAAAACAUCUGACUCAUCCAGCAAUCAAAAUCGUCUCUUUGGUAUUUGAAAAUGAUGCCAGGACAUUCACUGAGGGGACGCUCAUUUUCUCUUUGCUUUGGAUUUGAGAUUUUUCUUUUGUCAGAAUUCAAGGAUGACAGUUUUAUUUUUGGUUUUAGUGUUUUUUAGCAGAGGUCAGGGUACAGAUGUUCAACCUGGAUUUACAAAACAGGUAUUGUAGGUUUUUUUUUAAAUUUGGAGGACUUAUGAGACUCUGACUUUCAGACUCCAUUACAGGUCAAAAUCAGCAGACAACCAGCAGGGCUGACACAUGUAGCUGAUGCACGAGAGCCAAAAGUGAAGUGGAAAAAUACUGAACUCUACAGCACAGAUGACCGCGUUUACAACCUGUUGCAAAGAGGAUUCUGGUCUGAAAUGGGCAACUAGAGCUGCAAUAUGCAUGUAAAGACAAGAACAAGCUAAGUUGAGUUUGCUAAUGCCAGAGCUGCACCAAUGCAAUAUGUCAGGAUGGUUCUUAAUGACUGUUUUAAGGAGAUACCAACCCAAUCACAGUCCUAACCUCUGGAAGGUCGCUUUAAUCAAACUGGAAGUAGGGAUGGGCGAUAUGGGAAAAGUUUAUCAGAAUAUACUUUUUUCAUAUCAGUCAAUAUCGAUGUACAUCACGAUAAAAAAAACUAAAAUUUUCACAGUGCUUAUUGGUAGCAUGUCUCUGGCAAUACAAUAACCUUCUGCAUCUGUGAGGUCUUUGUGUCUCUUCAACGUUUUGUUGUAAGAUGUUGGGCUAGAAAGCAGACUGAAUGGUCGGCUGUUUCGGCAGCACAGGCGCCAUGGGCUCCUUGCUCUGCUCAGGCUUUGUAAACUUCUGCAUUGCGCAUGCUCUGCCGUGUGGCGCUGCUUCAGGUGGUGAAAAAGAUUUUAGGUAUUCCUCGACUUUGUGAGAACAUGUACUCGACAUACCGUAUUUUUCGCACUAUAAGGCGCACUUAAAAUUCUUUUGGCUUGUCGGAGCACUGCAGCUACUGUAGGCUCGUGGAGUUAUUGAAUGAGUUAAAUAAAGUUUGACUUAUCUGACUGUUUUGUUCGGUUUAAUGUGCUUUAUAAUCCGGUAGCUGCAGCCUGUUACUACGCAAUUGUUUGCCACUUGGUUCUAAUUCAGCACAAUUAGUUUAGCGCAAAGCGAACCCAGAGCAACUCCCCUUUUUAUUGGCUAUUGGUAUAGUCUACCAAAACAUGGCAGAAUGCCGACUAUCGAAAAGGAUAUUUACCAUGUUUUAUAUUGAUAUCGAGGGAAAUUAAUUUUCGAUAUAUAUCGUUAUCGUUUUAUCGCCCAGCCCUAACUGGAAGAUAUCAUUGUAUCAAAACAAAACUGCACAUACAGCCCUCAUUGGUAAGAAAGGCGUGCAUCUUACCUCUGCAUACUUCUGUCUGUUCAUAUCUUUGCUGCUAUUCCCUGCGUCACAUGCUGAGCUUUCCCAACUGGUUGUAGGUCUACUUUUGGAGAGACAUUGUAUGCAACCCUUCACUAACACCUCCUGGAAAAUGUGAAUAAAUUGAACGAUUUCUGACCCGUACACUGAGGUGAAGUGGUCCAGCGAUGUCAGGCUGAAAUGAGGCCAACAUUAGUGCCUGCUGUGUGAAUAGUUGCACCAUUACAGACCAUUAUAGGAGUCUGUGCUCCAGCUGUCUCUGUCAACAAAAUUCUGAUAUUAUAAUCAACAUGUUAGCGCUGUCUAACAGGUGUUGGUGUAAUGCUCACUGUACCUGGUUUAUCUGUAAAACGAGGACACAGUUUAACAGUUAGUACUAUAUAGUCGGAUUUGGCUGCAAAGAAUACAGCAGCUUAUAGUGAUUAUAAAAACCUAAUAACUGUAGAGCAAGUUUGCCAAGCUCUUCUUAUACAGAAACAACUCUAAUCAUGAUAAUAGAAUUUCACUCUGCGGUUAACGAUCCAAUUAGCUAAAAGACUUUUAUAUUAACUUUGCAUUUAGCAACCUCUUGCUACUCAAUGAAACACUUCCUGGUUUUAUGCCCCACCCCGUCAGGACACAGAGCCUGGUACCAGCUACUCUGAAGUUCUGAGUUAUUAUCACCAUGUCUGGGUCGAAAUGUUUUAAUAUUCUGUGCUACCGGCUGUUGUAAAUCCGUGUCAAAACACGCAGAGUUUCUGUUUAAAAGGGAUCAUAAAUAUUUAGAGUCAAAUAGCACUCCACCAGCUGUUUCAGGGAAACUUGGACUAAUUGAAACUGUUUGUUGAACUGAAAUAGAAGAAGAGAUUUUAGCUGGUUCUGAUUCAGUUAGAGAGGACGCUAAUGAACAACAAGUUUGCUUUACUUCAUGAGGAAAUCUGCUUAACACCGGUCUAUUCCUCUUAAAAAGCCUUCAGUGCUGCAGUGUAGCUGAAGAGACAGUGACUUCAGCAGCGUUUCUCUGUUGCACUGGUGCUGUCAGACACGACGGGCUGCGGCUGGAGUCCAGAUCUGCAGCGAGAGAUUGAUGUGUCCCGAGGGAGAGAUGUGAGCAUGAGGCGCAUGACAGCCUUGGCAUUAUAUCUCUGUGAAUAUGUGUGUGUUUUGGCAAGAGUGCAUGUUUGUGUGUGUGAGCAUGAGAAAUCUUUACGAACAUAUAUCAUGGAAAUAAAAAGUCAAAUGUGUAAGAUUAUGCACUUUAACUGUCUGAAUCAGAAAUCAUUAAGAAUUUAGCUGCAUCUCCACCACAUUAUGAACAUACUGUCUGCAUAAAGAAGAUGCAGAAGUGAACACAACAUAGAAACCUCUGAGGAAUUCAUACAUUUUAAAGACAGAGCCUAUGUGGUGCUAAAUGCCCAUGCACUUUUAUGCACACUUCAUCAAAAUGCAAGUGUUGCACAUUACUAAGUCUUUCUUUAUUCAUGCAACAAGCCACAGAAGCUGCAUCUGUGCAUCAAGAGCAUCUUCUCCAUCUGGCAUUGGAAAGCAUUCUGCAAGAAGUACGUAACAUAAAAAAGGAGUAAUAAUGACUUUGAACUCCUCGUGAAAGAGUUCAUCUCGAGUGCAAAAACAACACUUAAAUCGAAUAAGUCACACCUUUCUUAAUACCGCCCUCGCAGCUUACUUUAUAUAAAACCUGCAACUGCACAACCUUUCAAGUGACGCCAGUCACACCAUGGUGUGUUCGAGCUAUGUCGACAUUAUCCUCCAACCUUUUUUUGAAUAAACUUCUCAAAGAUCUUCACCUGGAGCCAUUUUGAACGAGUCAGUUUCAUUCAUCCAGUUCACCAUCAACCUUGGACUGCAAUCAGUUAAACUUAAGAUUUAAAACCAUCUUUACAUCUUUUAUAAUAGUAUAAAAUCUUUGCACACAUCUAUCUAUUCAUAAUGACAGAAUUAAAUUCCUUUUACAUCCUUUAGCACAUUCAGUUUUGUUUUUACUGCCUCUGCAACAGGAGGGACCGUGCAUCAGGAGGACGAGAUGCACAAAGACAUGACGUAAGUGUGGCAGGCAGUCAAAAGGGUAAAUUCAGGUAAAAUAAAGCAAAAGUGAUCAGGGUGUGAUCUGAGACUGAUGCAGUGAUGUGACACACUUAUGAGCACGUAAGAGUGAACACACCAUGACCCCUGUUUGCUCUGAAAUUAAAGCAUGAUAAGAUUUUAUGCCAGGAAGGAAACGUACAGCAGGGUGCAUCAUCCAAAUGUCACUUUUUUUUUUUUUAAAUUAGGGAACGAGAGGAGCAGAACAGGGCAAGACCCUCUGGGUCAGUCUGCAGUGUAAUGCAGAGCAGAGCAGAGCACCGUGCUGACUCCAAACCUGAGUCAUAGCCCUUUGUCUUCAGGUCCACUCGGGGCCUCGACAGAGCCAAAACGACAAAACAUCCCAGCUCUAGUUACACACACCAGCACACAGGUGCGAAAUGCCAGACACAUAUACCGUCAAAUGAGUGAUUUUACGGACUUGUGACAACCAGCAGACCUGCCCCUGAGCCAGGCGGUGCACUCUUACAUAACACUCUCCCUACACCAUCAUUUGCCAACAGGGGAUGACCUUGAGAGGCAGGCAGAGCCCCGGCAGCACUACAUAGAUACAGUGGUCAAAGGUUUGAUUAUGGCAAAUUUAGUGGGGGUGAGUGAGUGAGUGAGGGAGUGAGGGAGUGAGUGAGUGUGCAGGAAAGGUGUUGGUAUAACAAGCUUAGUGGUGAGGAUGCAAGGGGUGUGUUAUUGCCUUUAUAGAUUUGCAGAGAGUAGUCUCAUGGUGAGGAUGAUGUGGGUUAAGGAGACACCACACCCCCAUCACCCUGCUGCACACACACACACACAGACACACACACCCUUGCAACAUCAACACCUACACCAAACUACACUAGAAACACAUAUCGUGCAAAACCCAGACAUCCCACGCAAAGCAAAGUCACAAUUGAAAUCGAUAAUAAAAUCACACAGCCCUGCACAGACACGGGCUCAUUCAUCUGUGUCUCUUCACUUUAGUUGUUGAAUAAAAAGCCUAAUGUUUGAUUGUGCAUGUGAGUUCGUGUGGGAUACAAACAGAUAAUGCAACAAUGACGAGUCGCAUGUCUACGUGCAAAACGUGCAAAUAGUUGCCUAUAUCAAACAGGAAUAGAUGCAUGAAUAAAAAUGAUAUGUGUAGUUUUUUUGUCAUCUGCCCCUCGUUAAUAUGGACGCCAAUAAAUCCAUCAAUCAAACACAUGACGCACCAGGUUGCAUCAUGCAGGUCGAUGUGCAAAAAGACAGUUUUUCCAUGCACAAAACGAAUCUUCCAAACAUAUGAAACAGAGCUCCUUUUAGUCUUACCUUGCGUGAGAGAGCAGUCUACGGGAGAAGUCCGGUCUGCUGUCUGGAGCGGGUUUUUUUUUUUAAAGAAAAAACCUGUGAGGACUGAAAAAGAAGCGAUUCAAACGACUGAAGCUGCUCCUCUAUCGAGCCGAUAACAGGUUUAAAUUUCGGAGGUGUUAGGAGUUUGGUUAUUUGUGGGGGGAAAAGUAAAACUCGACUGAUAAGUACAGCGGUGUUGGUCCGCGGGAUGAUGCUGCUGAACACACACUGCUGCUGAUGCACCGAGAGGAGGAGACAGAUACGGAGAGAGAGAGAGAGAGAGAGAGAGAGAGAGAGAGAGAGAGAGAGAGAGAGAGAGAGAGAGAGAGAGGAGUUUACACAUUUUAUCUUUUUUUUUGUUUGUUUUUAAUUUUUGUUUUAUGUAUUUUUUUCACGUAGAACAAAUAAAAUCAUGACAUAAAAUAGAAUAAAAAAUAAAAUAGAUAAUUAAUAUUAAUUUUAAAUACGGUGUCACGCGCUGCGUUUUCGCGCCACACUCAGGACAACCGGAAAACAACACCUAAGCUAGCUCGGCGAACCGCUUCCUCUUACAAACUACUAACUUAAGAGGGUGAGUAUCCCGUCAAAAUCUCAUUUUAACCGAAUUAAAAGUAACUGAUACCAACUAAAAUGUCAGUAAUGGUUGUCUCAAACUUAAGUAAAAGUAAUAUUGUGAAGACUUAUGGUGCUGAGAGUGAUAGAAGAGCUAACCUCUUCGAAUGAUGUAAGAACACCGAGCUCACUGGCUGCCGCCAUUUUAGGGGAGAGUGGUGUAAGAUGCGCCAUUUUUAAUAUUUCGGAUCACUACAUCAUUAAAAUCAUAGUUUUGUCUCUAACUAGUGUAUCUGCAUAUAUAUUAACAGGGCUCUCAAGUUUUGAACUAAGCUUAGAGUGAGAUUUCCUGGGGGGGGGGUUGAAGAUAACUAUUAGUAUAAUUAUCUCUUAAAUACAACGGAGCACAAGGGGCACAAUUAGAAAAAAACGUUUUUAUAUCUUACAGAAUAAAGUUGUUAUUUGGGAGAAUAAAAUCAUUAAUGUAUAAGUAUUAAGUCGUUAAGUUGUUAAAAUCUGCACUGUGGAGCAUUUAGAUGAAUUGUACUUUAGUAUAGGUUUCACAAACAUGGAGAUACUUAAUCCUUUGGUACAUGAGCAUUACACUGUCAUGAGUAUCAGAACUUAUAUUUGAGAUAUAUGAGAAAUGCAGCUUUUGUGGAGGGGAAAAUGGCUGGAAAUGGCUGUACGGAGGCUAAAUCCGUCAAUACAGCUGUUAAUAGCAAUAGCAUAGGGCUUUAGUUUAUCAUAUGAGUUUAUCUGCCAUGAGGUGUUGAGGUCUCUGCAUGUGUAGGUUACUGACUUACUGUAAUCAUCGGGUCUAUCUCGUCCUUAUAAAAACCUGCUCUAUUACGGCGAGUGUCUGUCCUCUCCUGUAGUCAAACCGCAAGAUAUCAAAAUCUACCCGGAUACAGCAAUGCUGCUUUUUGAUUGGCUGUUCAGUAGAUAUACUUUAUUUGAUUGGCUUGCGCAUGGCACGCAGCUUCUGAACUCUCGGAGGAACUCAGUUGAUUCGUACCUGUUCCAUACUUAAAGAGGUGCAACUUGGUGGACAUCACCAUGUUCAUUUAAAUGCGUGAGAAAUACGAUGUGUGGCGUGUGAGCGUGUGAACAGGUGGGAAUGCGUGUGUCUCACGCUGAGUGCGUGAGACUUGAGAGCCCUGUAUUAGGAUAUAGUUCAUCCCUGCAAACCAACAGAAUGAGUGUAAACAUAACUGUCUUGAUAAUAUAGCAUGUCAAAAAAAGUGGUCUCGUUAGUCCUAUAAGCUAAAAUGGUGGACUUUUAUGAUUAGAUUUUUUUUACCUCAUGUUGUAGCUUAUAGAUACCACAAUUGAUGUAUAAAAUGAUAUUUUUUGGUCUGAACACAAUUCUAAUCAAACUUAUGACGACUAAAUUCACUUUCAAGAUCGAAAAAUAUAUAUUUUUUAAAUAAAUAUCUAACCUCUUCACCCAUGUGCUUCUAACCUUCACAGACUCCAUGAAUUGAUGACCAUCUCCUUAAUAUUUGGUCACAUUAUCAAUUUAUUUUACCAUUUUCAAGCAACAGGGGGUGGCUCAACUUACCCUUUGGCCCAACUUACCCCACUCUCCCCUACGGCUUUUAAUUGUACAGACAUGAUUUUUAACCACAGUAGUUACAGAAAUGAGAAAAGGGUUAUUUAAAACUAAAUGUAGAAGUUUUCAGGCAAAUAGUAGCUUGUGCUGUCAUUGUAACAUAAACAUUUUAAGGCUGGAGUUAGAGAUAGUGAUUAUUAACCUGAUCCCGUAUGUAAUGUUAACACUGAAAGAAAUUAAGAUUUACUUAAAAAUAUAUUGUAGCUAUUUGCAUGCAAAUGAUUGAAGUAAAAUUUAAUGCUGCAAUAUCAAGUAUUUUUACUUUCCAUAAAACAUAACAGUUGUGAGAUUAUUAAGAAACAUUUACUUAAUGACAUCCAAGAUUUAAGUUAUAUUUAUUUAAACAAAUUAAGCAAAGUCUACUUGUUUUUCAUAGGCAGGAACCUCAUUUUACUCAAAAUUUUAAGUACAUUUUACACACUAUGAAGACCUGCACAACCUAAUUUAAUACCAUACAAAAUAAAUCUCCACCACUUAUUCAACUUUUAUAGAUCCUCUUCAUUUUAAUUUUUAUGUUAAUAAAGGUCAGUGAGGUGCUAAUUGCUCUUUAGAUUAAUUGCUGUAACUGCAGGGGGUGUUGGUGGUGUACUGAAGUGUGUUAUGUUGAUAAGUGCCUCUAACACUUAUUUGGCCCACGUGUUUACAUUGUGGUGGCUGGUUGGUGCAGAUAGUGUAGUUGCUGAUGAGAUAAAGCCCACUAAUGUAAGUCUGCUACAAAUGCAUAGAUACCAGAAAAUUGAACUCUAAUGGUGGUUGCUCGUUGAAAGAAGUGUAAGUGUGAGAUAUAGCUCUUUUUACACAGACCAAAUGAUGAUGAUUCAUAGCUGGAAAAGGAGAGGCGUUAAUGAUGAAUUUAAUGAUGGCUGCAUUCCAUUUAGCUGCUCUGCUCCCCCCAGCUGUUGUGCAUGCCUGCUCGCUGUUAUUCUUUCAUGGUUACAGCGACAUUUGAAUAGAAAAAAAAAGAGCCAUUGUUGACGCUAUUAGUAACACCUGUGCUUUUCUAAAUGUGACAAGGCAAAAUCUCAGAUGUGAAAAAGACCUAUUGUGCGCAUUCUAACAAAGCUAGCAUUGUCAGGGACGGAUGGACCACAGCUUCAGAUUUUGGUGCCAAGAAGGAUGCAAUAGAACAAAGCAGUAGAAAGGAGAUGUGUCUUUAUGCUAUACAGUGAAUCAGCAUCAUGCCGUUUGCGGUAAUCUGCUCUGACAAAAAAAAAUCUCUCACUGAAUUUGCUGUCUUCUGUUUUUUCUCCAUAGGUCAAAAAGGGGGAUACCUCCUACAUGUUUUGAACAGCAAGUUUGUUAUACGGUGAGUUAUUGAAGCUCUUCAUGGAUCAGAUCAGGUCAGAUCAGCUGCUGAUUGAUCAUAGUCUUAACCCAGGGCUUGACACUAACUUUUUUCACAAGGAGCACACAAAGAACUUUAGGGGCACAAUAAAAACUGAUCAAAUAAUGUGUGUCUUAUUGGUCGACAUAAGUACAAUUAUUCGUACUUAUGUCGACCAAAAGUGUCAACCAUAAGUACGAAAUCAAUUUUAGGUCAAUUGGUCACAUGUAAUGGAAGCUAUUAAAGAAAACUCAAAAUUUGCCUUUAAAUUUAACACAGAAAGUUUUAGAGGACAAAUUAGAGAAAUAAAGAAGUGUGUCUUAUUGUCCGACCUUAGUACUAUUAUUUGAAAUCAAUUUUAGGUCAGUUGGUCACGUGACAUGAAAGCUUUAAAGGAAAACAGCCUUUUUUGAGAACAUCAACUGGUAAUUUAUUGCUGGUCCCUUAAUCAACACUCGACGUUGACAGCGAGGGUGCCGAGUAGAUUUAACCGCGCUGCUGUUGCCAAUUCCGGUUACAGAGAGUGAGAAGACACCGGUAGACCCGCAGAGAAUGUCCGUCAAAUAUCCAACCUAAAACUAACUUCACCGCGAUAUUUACAUGAAAAAACAUCUGUUGCCCCGGCUGAUUCUUUUUAUGCGCACAUGUUACCCUAAAUCUAUUUUACAAUUUGCACACAUCUAUUUUUAGUCGCAGAUGCGAGUGAAACAGUCCCACUGUCAAAUCCUGAUUAUAGCCUUUGGUCAAUGCUGAGAUUUUUUGAACGUGGUAAAUCCUGAGAAAUAUUCUCUCAUUUUGGAUAAAAGUAGCACUUAUUGAUCAGAGCAGUGUGUUUUUUUUAGAUGCCGCAUUUAAACCAAAAACAUUUCUCUUACAGGUUUAGAAAAGAGGAGAAAAUGGAAAAAAUCACACAAGAUGAUCCUGAUGCACAAACUGAGAGCGAGCUCAAAUCACCACUCUCACCAAAACGGCUCAGGACAGAUAGCCCAACGUCAAAUAACCUCAGUGGCGAAAACAAGUUUAACUUUCCAAUGCUUUUGACUUUUGGAAAAACCAUUGUCAUUCAACCAUCAACAAAGAAUCCUGGCCUCGAAUAUACAGCAGGAAACGGGGAUCCUGAAUAUAGGAAAACUGAAAAGCAGCUGCAAGACACAGUGCCAGUUGUCAUUCCAAUUAAGCGGACUUCUCCACACGAUGACGAAGCAAACGCAGGAUCACCUAACGCCUGUUUUAUUGCUCCUGAAAGGAGUGUCCUUCCGGUGAAAGAUGAGCAGCCUCCAGCUAAUGAAACUGACAAGCUCAGCUCAUACCCACCAGAUGAUGCAGGUGGGGCAUUAGCAGAGUCUCACACUUCAAAAGACGCCGGUGCUGACUCGUCCAGUCAGCCUGAUUGUAACCGUCUGGGGAAAUCACUCGAAGACAAGCCCCCUGGUGGUUGCAAUCUUCCUGCUGGAGAUGACAAAGAUGGGAGACAGGUGCAAAAUAGUGUCAGUCAAAUCCAAGCAUUCAGCCUCGGCUCAAGUGAUGAGGAGGUCAGGUGUCUGUCUGAUUGCACUUUUGAAGGUUCGCAUCGUGCCACAGGUUUCUCUCACACAUGUGCUGAAGGAGAAGCGUGCAAUCAGAGGAGAGAUGAAGACAGGUUGAGUGAGAACAUACUCUUGAGCAAGACUGAGGCUAAUGGUCCCAUGUCUUCCAUUGAUUAUGCAGAAUAUGCUUUAUUCUGCUCAAACCCUGAGGAGGAUCCUUCUGGGGAUGUGACAGAAGGUGUAAAAAAUGAGCAAGAAAUAACAGAAAUGCAGAUUUGUGAAAAUGAAAAUGUUGCUGUCUGUGAUGGAGAAACAAAAGCCAGAGUAAAUGAGAAUGGCACGAGCGAAAACUCCAUCCCUUCUGCUGCUGCUGAGAGAGCUGAGGGGUCAGUUGUUUCUUAUGAUAUGGUAUUAGUGGGAAAUAUUGGAACAGAGAAGGCGAGUCUUGAGGCUGAUGACUUCUGUGGAGCAAAUGGAGCCCAUGCUGCUUGCAAUAUGAUAGCCAAAACCGAGAGUGAAAUGGCUGAUCACACAACAGAGACUCCAAUGCCUGCAAGAAUCAGUCAAGGGCCUGCUGAAGGAGAUAAUGAUGCGGGCCCAUUCGGUGUAAUUGACCCUGCAAUCUGGAGCGAAAGGGACAGGGAGGCUGAGGAGACAUGCUGUAACUCCGAGAGCACGGAAUUAUCUCAAUUUGUAAAAAUCUGUGGGGGAGAGACACCUCUGCGUCCUCACAUCCAGUCCCCGAGAGAGGAUGACCGGUGCAGAGAAGACAAAAAAGAGGACUUAUGUCGGACACACACAGAAGAACGCCAAGUAUGGCUUGUUAAGGAAACACACAACAAGGCUAACAAUGAAGGCAGUCCCAGAAGCAGCCAAUUUAGUCCUCUAAAGGCAUCCCCUACUCUCUUGAAAGAGCAGUGUUUUCCUGCCAGUUUAGAUGACCUGCUAACACAAGAGGUGGACCUUUUAUGGGCUGAAAUUGCGCAUAUAGACGGAGUAACGGAAAUAAAAGAAGAAAUUAAAAGUGAUGUGCAUGGAAAAUUAGAAAACCCGAAGGACAUCGAGAGAAAACAGGAAGAAAAUGAUGAAAAAUGCGAAGAAGACACAAUGGAAAUGUCUAUCGUCGAUCUCAUCAGCGUGUGGGCAGGGGGCGAGAUAACUAACUGUGUCAGAGGGGAUUCGGGGAAUAACCUUGAAUGCUCGAGUGAUCACCCGUCCAGCGCUGCAAUUCUAGUAAUGGAGGAGACAACAGAGGGAAAUGAAAGCAAAGAAGAGGAAGACACUAAUGUUAAUGGUAGCUUUGAGAUGUUAGUGGAACUAAUUAACAAUCAACUGCAAGGAGACGAGGCUGAGGCCUCACCUGAUGAGUGUGUCAGCGAACAGACGGAGGUUAUCAUGAGCCAAAAUGGAGAUAAAUUAAUCCUCAACAGUAAACAGGAGCAAUCAAUGGAGCCCUGUUGUUACUCUGACUACCAAAACAGACCGGAGACAGAUGACCUUCUGGAUUUCACGUUUCCUCCCUCUAGUGAUGCGGUUGUUCCAGGUCCACAUGAAUUGAGACAUUCACAAAACCCCACAGCCUUCACAUGCAGUGACAGAUUUUCCCCGGUCUCUGCUUUCUUUGACCAUUUGGCUUUUGACACAUUCGAAAAGAUCCAACUCUCACAAGAAUAUGAUGGCGUUAAUGAUGCCGGUCUGAGCAGCAGCCCUCUGCCUGAAACACCCCAGCAACAGCUUUCCCACCCCUUACCAGAGGCAGAGAGCAAAGGGCACGAAGAGGAGGAUGAAGAGGAUGUGGACAGAUUUGAGUGUCACACUGUCAACAUGGCGAAUGGAUUAUCAAGCCGUGAUUACAGUUGUGAUGAACUUUCAAACUUUAUCUCGGCAGCAGAUGUUCCCACACCCAGCUGGCCUGAGCAAAAGCCCAACUGUGAAUCAGCCUGUAAAUCCUCUGAGGACUUCCAGGAAGAGUUAAAGCCACGGCCAAUGCCCCAAAACGUUACAUCAGCUUCCGAUGUGAACAACACGCCCAAGUUUGAGAUGAAGAAACAAUUCAACAAAGUCCUGAAAGAGUUGAACUUGUUUUUUGACGUCAGUAGAAGUGAGUUUUCAAGCUACAGUGGAGAAUCCUCACCUGAGCAGGGCGGUGAUGUAACUGAAACCGGGGAGAGCGGCGGCACUUCAGAUUCCAAAGAUCCUCUCAGAGGAUGUGAAAAGGACACAUCAUCAGGUAACUGACAAUAAGGACGUACUUUCACCGAGUAGGAUACACUUAGAGCUUUUGUAACUAUGCAGAGUACAUGCAUACUUUGUACUCUCCUAAAAUCUCUCUGUACAUUAUUGAGGUUAUGUUGACAUCAUCUAAAGUGGAUAAAAGCCAGAAUACUCAUUUUUCAUUAUAUUAACAAGUAUUAUCUGUAACUAUACUUCAACCGCUACUGCUAAAAUAUAACAGUCUUUGUCGUCGUCGUUUUCAUCCACUUCAUCCGGGUACGGGUCACGGGGGCAGCAGCUUCAGGAGGGAAGCCCAGACAGAUUCUCAGGCGCUCACAGGCCAGGCGAAAGAUAUAACCCCUCCACCUGGUCCUGGGCUGGCUACGAGAUCUCCUCCCGGUGGGACAUGUCUAGAACACCUCUAACGGGAGGCGUCCAUAAGGCAUCCUAACCAGAUGCCCGAGCCACCUCAGCUGACUCCUCUCGACGUGGAGGAGCAGCGGUUCUACUCUGAGCGCCUCACGAGUGUCCGAGCUCCUUACCCUAUCUCUAAGGCUGAGCCCGGCCACCCUGCGAAGGAAACCCAUUUCGGCCGCUUGUAUCCGCAAUCUUGUUCUUUCGGUCAUUACCCAAAGUUCAUGACCAUAGGUGAGGGUCGGCACGUAGAUCGACCGGUAAAUCGAGAGUCUCGCCUUACGGCUCAGCUCUUUCUUCACCACGACAGUAGAACAUAAAAUUAAUAUUCACUCAUUCAGUCGCAGACAGGAAGUGAAUAUUUGUGUUUGUAUCUGUGUACAACUCAAUAAGGAUUGAGGUAGAUUAUGUUAAUACAACAGAAACUAAAAUCUUGAGGCAGCUCCUCAGGAUAUACACCUGCAGAGAGUCUCUUGUGAUUGUUUGUUUUACUACAAAAAAAAUCUGGCAAACACUUUCUGACAAACCCCUUAUUUUUCGUUUCAUUUCAAUAUUUAGUAGUAUUUUUAGCUCUCGUGGUAAAUUUAGUCUGCUUUUUUAUGCUUUGGGUGGAAACAGAUUGGCUUUUCGCCCAAGGUUCCGGAGUCAGAGCUAAAAUCAGCUUAUCUGCUGGUAGCUGUGGCCUUAAAUUUAGCAAACAGAUUGGAGAAGAGUAUUGAUUUUCUUCUUUCACUCUAGACAAGAAUGUGAACAGGGGUAUUUUUUUUCAAAAGCUCCUCUUUUGACCCAGUGAAAACUGCUGGAUCCCUGCACCAUGCUGAUUGAAAAGAAAUCAAUAAAAUGUCUUUCUUUGAGUUUCAAAGCCUUGAAAAAUAGACAGGUAUUAAAAUUUGCACCACUACCUUUCAAAACGGACAGUUAAAGCUUCACCUGCAUCGAUUAUCGAAAUCCCAAAACAUGCAGACAUUAUCAGACACAAUCAUAUGUUCACAUCAGAGGAAAACAGGAUUUAACAUUUGUUUACAUCAAUUUUUGGUGCAUUAGAAAGAGUCAGAGAGGUUGGUGUCAGUCUUAGAGCUGCAGAGCGCUGGCGUGUUUGUCUAAAGGAGCGCUGAGGUGAAAAGAUAGAAGAGGCGUCAGACAGUAACAUGAUGUACCGAGACAAGGGCACAAAAGCUCACCAAGCCCAUUGUCCCAUUGAAAAUACUCUGUUUGAAUCCAUCUGCAUGUCUCUGUACAAUGUUAGUGAUGCACCCUCUAAACAGCAUGAGAUAACAGCUCAGUUAAGACCAGGUUUUAGUUAGUCUGUGGAGAAGUAGUCUAUGGACCAGUCAUUGUUUUAUUAUGACCAACAUGCCCCGAACCAAAUAAUCCAAAAGCCCCAAAAUCAAAUAAUCCGACCAUGAGGUGCAUAUACAUGCACCAAGUUUUAUUCAGAUUAGAAGCAUUUGGACAUGUGCAGAGUUGUCUGAUUUCGCUUAAACAACCACAGAAGAAGAAGAGUUGUAUUUACGCCUGUGCUGUCAACAAACCAACAAACACGGUAGUGGCUCACUCCAUCCAAUUCAGGAGUUUUCCCUUUGUUAAAUGUUGUCACUAGAUGGCGCCCUUGUUUACUUAUUUUACUGUUCUGUCAAAGGUUGCACCGUGCGUGCAGAUGUGACAUCAUUACGCUGUAUGUACGCCUUGUUAUGUUACCGUAGGAGCAGACACGACACCUGGAGUUGUGUUUUAUGCCAGAGUGUUAAAAUGAAACCUCCUGUACUGGCCUCAAUAAACAAAGAGUGAAGAUCCAGACAGGGUAGAGAGUCACGAUCGGAAUAGGUGUUUACAUGGACACGUUUCGGAGUAACGAUCGGCAUAAACCAGCCCUCUCGAUUGGAAUACAAUUACUUUCCGAUUAAGCCGAAUUGGAUCAGAAUCUUCCAAUCUGCAUGUUUACAUGACGCUUUUUAUCCCAAUUAUUUGUGCUCAUUUUAACGCAGCUAGUGUGUCUUAGAUCUUCUUCAAUGAACCACAAGUAUCUGAAAUCGUGGAUAUCUGAAAUAAAAAAAGACAACUCUCUUUAUUUGAAUGCAUUUUAACUUCACUGUUUAUGUUUGUUAGAGGAUGCUGAUGAGGUCCACAGCUUAGACCUGUGUGGUGGUGAUCAAAUCGUGUCUCGUACCCACGGCAGCGGUGAUGGUGAGCAGGAGGUUCCCCUUAGCAGCUGCCAGGAAGUCUCUAUGGACGCUGCAGAGAAACACAGAGGUUUGUGGUUAAUUUCUGAAAGAAAAAAAAAAAUAAAACACCCACAUAAAAGCUUAAUUUACUUUCAGUUGAAAACAGAAAUCAUCACAGAUAACGAGGAUGAAACUAAACUUAAAGUCUGUAAUUGUCUCAAACUUCUUCAAAGCGUUUGAAAGAGGAAAAAUUACAUAAAAGUCGUUUAAUUGGCGCUUACUUUUCUUCCUUUGUUUUUACUCAGUCUUGCCUGGUUAACGCUGUUUUUCCAGAGUGUUGGUGAUAGACUUUAAGAGGUCAGCCAGGUUAAUUCAGUGUAGAAAAAUACAAUUACUUUUAUUGAUUUGUCUUUCCAAGUUGACAGAGCCUCCUCUCAUGAAUGUUUAAAUAUUUAUUCAGCUUUCCUCAAUAAACUGCAGAGGAAUGAUAACACUGCCAUGAAGGAAAAAAUAAAUCUUAUUAUGGGUAAACAGAGAAUCAAAUGAGACAGAAUUAGCCGGUCCCUCUUUUACUGUGUCGAACUGUUUCUUUCAGAGCCCCAGGAGACGGAGCCUAAAAGGAAAACGUGGUCUUCAUCCUUCAUGUGUCUGCCCUUCAUGGAAGAACUGAGCUACAGUGAGUUACAUACGAGAUCUUUGCUGAAAUUUACAUUAAUCUGAGAAAAGAAAAAUAAUUUAAAGUAGAUUUUGGUGGAAAGGAAACAGAGAAGACUCCAAGAGACAAUUUAUUCCAUUUCAGAUUUUCUUUUGUCUUCUCGUUUUCUUGGCCUCCACUGAAUCAUGAACUAAAGUGAGUCUACUGGGACUGAAGUGGGCUGGCCUCUGAAUAUUUAAGAGUCGGUCUAACUACCUACCUACCUUGAGAUGCAAUGCAUUCACCUUGUCUGCAUGAGAAAAGAGAUCAGUCUAAUAGAGGGGCUAUUCAGUCUGCACAUAGAAAAGAGUAUGGUAAUGUUUGGCGGAUUAUGAAAAGGUUCCAGCUCCAUUUUUUUUUUCCUCCACUGUGACUAUUUUGCAGCCAUGAACUGAAAACAUAGCCGGACAAUUCUGCGGGGCUUUGGCCCUGAAUAAAUUCUUACCUGCUGCAUAAUGUAGGAUAUGAAGUCUUGUGGUGUGUUCGAUUUAGUCAUGAUAUUACUUACUGUGUCUUUUGGGCGCAGAACCUCCUGAACCUUCCCGGAGACUUGAGCCUCUGCAAACGUGCACAAGGCCGCUGCGGGUCGGACUUUCAAAGAGAGCGAAGACCAAACACCUGCACCGCCCCCACCCCUACAAAUGAAUGCUAUCGAGAGCGUUUGCAUGAUUGUAAUGAAGCCGUGACAUCUGUUUACAGGUCAGUGUUCGUCGUUUACGUCCCUCCUUCCUUACGGUGGUUAUGAAACCUUCCUGUACAUCUUCAGAGGAGGUUCCUGUAAAUUCACAAUCAGCUGCUGUUUGCUUACUGAGAAACUCGGCUUUAUUUAUGUAUUUAUUGAGUAUUUAUUCAUAUAUUGAUUGUUUUGAACUGUGUACACCUUGUUGAUCUGGUUCGUGUGUGUAGAUUAAUGUUCAUAUGACCUUCACAGCUACAAAAGACUAACUCCAGUGCUGCGUUGAAGAAGGUGUUUGUUUUGAAUUCAGUUGAGUUCCAUGUAAUUACUCUUUAUGCGUUUCACUGUAGGUGUGCUGUUACAGUAUUUCAGUCCUGUGUGGGCGUACUCAGCCCGGUUAAAUGAGCCAGUAUGUUCUGUUACUGCUGUGUUCUGUUUUUUACUGUUCAACACGUUCACAUGUGCUUGGACGCAGCAUAUCCCUGAGCAGUUUUCGUGGGAGGGUUAGCUGGAAAUGAAUUUUAAAACCGUCAGU